AUGGAUUGUUGUGUGUGCACAACUAUGCCAUUAAUAUUAAGGCCUCCAAGAAAUACAAUAUGUGGAGCAUGCUAUGAAGGAGUUAGAAGCAUAAUCAACAUGAUGAACGGUCUUGAAAGUGAUAAAACAAAAGCAAUCACUAAUCAAAAUGAUUCUCCGGUUUCGCGGCGAAAUUCGAGUAAGACACUUGAUGAUUGCAUAAGAUUGUGUUCAGAACAAAUAGAAAAGUUUAAUCAACAAAAACAAGAUUUGGGUUUUCUCAGAGGCUUUCUUGCUGCAUUCAAAGAACAAAUUCAUACAGAUAUAUUGAUUAGUCCAGGCAAUCAUGGUCCAUCGAUUCCUGCACAUAAAUCUGUUUUGGCUGCAAGAUCAGAAAUUUUUAAGAACAUGCUAGAGAGUGAUGAAUGUAAAGCUGCACCAACUUGUAACACAAUAACUAUACCAGAUCUGAACCAUGAAGAACUAGAAUCUCUGUUAGAGUUUCUCUACAGUGGAACAUUGGCAUUGGAAAAAUUGGAGAAACAUGUGUAUGCUUUGUCACAAGCAGCUGAUAAGUAUAUUAUUCCACAUUUGUUGAAAUACUGUGAAAGAUUCUUGCUUAACUCAAUAAGCAGUUCUAAUGCGUUUGAGACGCUAGAGAUUGCUGAUACUUGUUCAAACCAAAAUUUGAAGGAGACAGCUUUUAAUUUCUUAGUUAAGAAUAUUGAGUUUAUGGUUUCUUCUCCUAAGUUUGAAGCUUUUGUGCAUAGGUGUCCACAUUUAACUGUGCAGCUAGUUACAAGGGCAUUUGUGAAUGGUUCCAAAUAA